GAGCACUGAGCUUGUCUGUACUCUGUGGUUGCUCUCGUUGCUCUGUAGUCGUGAGCAUUGAGCAUUCUUUCCAUUUCCAAUUUGCCAGGAAUAAUAAUUUUUGUAUUUGUGUCCUGUUAAAUAAAUUUAAUAUACAUAUAAGGCUAAACCAAAAGCGUAGUCUACAGAGUUAAACCAUGAGUCGAUUUUUUGCAACUGGUACAGACUCAGAGUCUGAUAGUUCUUCUGAAGAGGAGCAAGUAGUACGGGCGCCUGCAGCCGUGUAUACGUUCAGUGAUGAUGAAGAAGAAACUAAACGUGUUGUACGUUCUAUGAAAGAGAAGCGAUAUGAGGAAUUGGAAGGAAUAAUCCAUUCACUUCGCAAUCAUCGCAAAAUUAAAGACUUCUCAUCAGCUUUGGCUUCUUUUGAAGAACUCCAAAGAGCAUACACUCGAGCUGCUCCUGUUGUCCUAAAGGAAGAGAAUGGGAUAGCACCAAGGUUCUUUAUAAGGGCUUUAACAGAGCUGGAUGACUGGGUUUCAGGAGCAUGGAAUGAUCGGGAUAGUAGGAAAGCACUUUCAAAGGGCAAUAGUAAAGCACUUACAUCCUUAAGACAAAAACUGAGGAAAUACACAAAAGAUUUUCAUGCUGAGAUUUCUAAGUUCCGGGAGAACCCUGAGUUGCCUGAUGAUGAUGAUGAACGCAAAGAUACAUCAUCUUCUGAUGAUUCUGACGAUGAAGAAAAAGUUAAAGAAAAACCAAGAAUGCGUCGCUCACCAGAACCACCUCGUAGACCUCCACCUCAAGAGGACGAGUCUUCAGACUCAAUGGACUGGGGCUCCAGCUCUUCUGAUUCGAGCUCGAGCUCCGACGACGAAGCUCAUGGCGCUACUACCAUCAGAGAACGGUUCUUGAAACGUGCCACAGACGUAAGAGAUGAAGACGAGGACAGGGACAAGCGUCAGACGCGUCGUAAUAAAAGACGUGAGGGAGCUGGGAAAAUUAGCAAGAAAGAUCAAGCAGAUGAUGGAGGAGAGUGGGAGACUGUUAGGAAAGGCGCUGCUACUUCUGAUAAGCCCAAAAUGUUUGCUAAGGAUAGUGACAUUGAUGCAGCAUUGGUGGUCAAGAAGCUGGGCGAGAUCAGCGCGGCGCGCGGGCGCAAGCGCACCGACCGGCGCGCGCAGUUGGAACUGCUGCACGAGUUGCGCACGGUGGCGCAGCAGCACAACUUGGGAGAUGCGCUCCAGCUCAAACUACGUGCAGCGACUGUUGCCGCCCUGUUUGACUACAAUCCUAAAGUUUCUGAUGCUAUGAAACCAGAAUACUGGUCGAGACUUGUCGAGAACGUCGAUCAAAUGGUCACUCUGCUACUUUCUCAUGAGGACAUGGUAUUCAGUGAAAGUAUACUUGAAGAAAACGAGCAGCUUGUCACGCCUCCCUACAGAGUUCGGGGUUGUCUCCUAACGGCAUUAGAACGUCUCGACGAUGAGUUUACCAAACUGUUGAAGGAAUGUGACCCUCAUUCCAAUGAGUACGUGGAGCGACUGAAGGAUGAAGUCAGAGUUUCGGCGUUAAUCGAUCGGGUCUGCCAAGUGGUAGAACGAGAUGGAUCCCCGCAGGAAAUCUGUCGAGUAUACUUACGCAAAAUCGAUCAUCUCUACUAUAAAUUCGAUCCUCGUGCAAUCAAGAAAGAUCUCCCACCAGGUGAAGAAACUACUAUCAAGAAAAUGGAACGCUUCUGCAAAUAUAUUUAUGCGAACGACGACAGCGACCGCUUGAGGACUCGCGCUAUUCUUUCGCAUAUAUACCAUCACGCAUUACACGAUAAUUGGUUCCAGGCGAGAGAUCUCCUUCUCAUGUCGCAUCUACAAGAAAAUGUUCAGCAUUCUGAUCCGAGUACUCAGAUUCUGUACAAUCGUACGAUGGCCAAUCUGGGCCUUUGUGCUUUCCGCCGCGGCAACGUCAAAGAGGCUCACGGCUGUUUAGCCGAACUCAUGAUGACCGGCAAGCCGAAAGAGCUGCUCGCUCAGGGUCUGCUGCCCCAGCGCCAGCACGAGCGCUCCAAGGAGCAAGAGAAGAUAGAGAAACAGCGCCAAAUGCCUUUCCACAUGCAUAUUAACUUGGAGUUGCUGGAAUGUGUCUACUUAGUAUCUGCCAUGCUGAUAGAAAUCCCGUACAUGGCGGCUCACGAGUUUGAUGCUCGUCGGCGAAUGAUAAGUAAGACGUUCUACCAAAAUUUGCGUGCGAGUGAAAGGCAAGCCUUAGUUGGGCCUCCGGAGUCGAUGCGCGAACAUGCGGUGGCGGCAGCCAGGGCCAUGCGACGCGGAGAUUGGCGUGCCUGCCUCAACUUUAUUGUUAAUGAGAAGAUGAAUGCUAAGGUGUGGGAUUUAAUGGUUGGCGCAGAAAACGUACGCGCCAUGCUCGGACGUCUUAUUCGCGAAGAGUCACUCCGGACUUACCUAUUUACUUAUGCGCAUGUGUAUGCAUCUUUAUCACUCCGUUCCCUUGCCGAUAUGUUCGAGUUGCCGAGACAGCGCGUCCACUCCCUCGUGUCAAAGAUGAUUAUUAACGAAGAGCUGUUGGCUUCCCUGGACGAUCCGAGUGAAUGCGCUAUACUGCAUCGUUCCGAACCUACCAGGAUGCAAGCACUGGCUCUGCAACUUGCCGAUAAGGUUGGCAACUUGGUUGAUUCCAACGAGCGCAUUUUCGAGAAGCAGGGGUCUUUCUUCCAGCGGGGCGGAGCGCCGCGGGGCGAGGGGCGACAGCGCGAACGCCCGCGCGACGGCAACUGGGGGCGGCGACAGCGCAACCGCCGCCGCGACGACGAACGCGUGCACGAGGACUAAACCCAAAACCGCACCAAUCCUCUCAUGCACACACUACACUGCACAUCACCAACGGCUGCUGGAGCGCACGUGGAAAGAAACGCUCACUUACCCUGAAAUACUACUGUACUAAGAAACCCCGCUUCAACGACUUUGUUUGUGGUCACUCUGAAUCUCGAAAAGAUUGUCUGCACAGUACAUCAAACAGUAGUGAACAUCCAAAAAUACCAACACCCCCAAAAGAGUUGGAAUGCAGUUACAAAGAAUCAAAAAGAGAUAAUAAUGAUGCGGACAUACCAAAACUAUGUCAUAUUCAAAUUAUUUGUGAUUCAAUUCCAUCAAUAAAUCAGUCUGUUUCUGCCUUUAACAUUGUUUCAACAGCAGUUCAUAUUAUAUUUGGCGAUAAAAAUUCUAUUCAUCAAUUAUUUUCCACUAUGUGUUAUUGUGAGGGGGUUGAAAAAAACAACUUCUUAUUUGUAUAUUAUAAUUAUUACAUUAUGUGAUAGCGCUCUUCUGGAUUGUCAGAUUCAUUAAAGCGUAUUUAAUCUAAACUUGAUUUUUUUCAGCUUUAAAUGAACUUGCAAGAAGGAAGAGCGCUAAACAAUAAUAAAUCGAAGUGACAAGGUAUAAAUAAAAUACUGUCUCAAAUUUGCA